CUUCUCAUUCCUCUCCCGGCAGUAAUGGUAAAUGUCGCAGUGGACUCGACGGAUAUCGUCCGGGCGAGCCUGCAUGUCGCCCUGCCGUGGUACACUCACCUUUACACGAUACCGUUCCUCUCGCUCUAUCCUUUGCUAGCGUAUGCAUACUACGUCAAGUACGAUGAGUGGCUGCAGAGCGAAGAGUGGACCUUCCUUGCGUGUGUAUCGCUCGGUGCCGGUCAUGCGCUUAGUUUCUUGGUGACACGAUGGAAUGCUGGCGCAAAGGCAUGGAUCACGACGAGAAAGGCCAGGUCGGUGCAAGUUGCGGACUGCGUGCGGAUAGUUCCUGCCCCCCAUCGUGGCCAGGGUGAGAUUGUACCCCUAGUGAAGAAGAAUCCGUCGGACCCCUCCACAUACACUUUCAGCUAUCAGCGAGAUACGUACACAAUCAAAUCCGUCGAACCUCUCACGUUUGCACGUUUGCCAUAUCCGUGUUCGAGCCAACCUCCCUUGGGGACUUUUGCUGCGCCGAACGGUCUUACUGCAGCGCAAAUCGAAUCGCUCAAGACUCUGUACGGCAAGAACGAAUUCAACAUCCCUAUCCCAUCGUUCACGGAGUUGUUUUCCGAGCAUGCGACGGCACCUUUCUUUGUCUUCCAGAUCUUUUGCGUUGCCCUGUGGUGUCUGGAUGAAUACUGGUACUACAGCUUGUUCACGCUGUUCAUGCUCGUGGUUUUCGAGUGCACCGUCGUCUGGCAGCGUGUGAGAACUUUAACAGAGUUCCGGACAAUGUCCGUCGCGCCUUACCCAAUACAAUGUUUCCGCGAUGGCCAGUGGAUAACGCUGCAGACUGAUGAGCUAUUACCCGGGGAUGUCGUCUCGAUGGUCCGUCACCAGGCCGAAACCAACGUCCCGGCGGACAUCCUGCUCGUCUCCGGCUCAUGCAUCGUCAACGAGGCGAUGUUGUCAGGGGAGUCAACGCCUCUGCUGAAGGAGUCGAUUGCGUCAGCGGACAUGUCGGAAAAGCUGGACAUCGACGGAUACCACAAGAAUGCGAUACUCUUCAGUGGCACAAAGGCCUUGCAGUUCACUCAGGGUAAUGCUCCCCUCCAAACGCCCGACGGAGGUUGCCUCGGCGUGGUAAUGCGCACCGGUUUCGGCACAGCUCAGGGCCAGCUCGUGCGCACCAUGAUCUUCUCCACCGAACGCGUGUCGGCGAAUAAUCUGGAGUCGUUCUUGUUCAUUGGGUUCCUGCUCAUAUUUGCGAUUGCGGCCAGUUGGUAUGUAUGGGUGAAGGGUAUCGAGAGGGGUUUGAAGAAAUCGAAGUUGCUUCUUGAUUGUGUUUUGAUCAUUACGAGUGUCGUCCCGCCCGAACUGCCGAUGGAGUUGUCUCUCGCCGUCAACGCAUCUUUGGUCGCUUUGUCCAAGUUUGCCAUUUUCUGCACCGAGCCUUUCCGAAUCCCAUUUGCAGGACGGGUUGAUGUGUGUUGUUUCGACAAAACUGGCACUAUUACGGCUGAGAACCUCAUCGUAGAGGGGGUCGCGGGCGUCGAUCCCAGUCAGCCUUCAAGACUCGUUAAUGUGAAAGAAACUCAGAGGCAUACAACCCUUUGCCUGGCCUCGGCACACGCGCUGGUUAGAUUGGAUGAUGGCACGACCGUCGGCGAUCCUAUGGAGAAAGCUACGUUGGAUGCUCUGGAAUGGACCAUUGGUGCCGGUAACGCCGUCUCUCCGGCCAAUAAGUCUGCACCCCAUGGGACGCAGCUUGUCAUCCGUAGACAUUUCCAGUUCUCCUCGGCGCUGAAGCGCAUGUCCUCCAUCGCCAGUCUUCCCAAUGGACAAAGCAUAGCUGCGGUCAAAGGCGCUCCUGAAACCAUCAAGAAGAUGCUGGCUCAGGUUCCGGACUGGUAUGAUGAUACGUACAAGUGGUUUACCCGUGAGGGUAGUCGUGUCCUCGCUCUUGGUAUCAAAGAAAUGGAUUCCAUGACUAACCAGAAGAUCAGUAAAAUCGCGAGAGAUGAAGUCGAGAGUAAUCUCAACUUUGCGGGAUUCCUCAUCUUCAGUUGUCCCCUGAAGCCGGACGCUGUGGAGACGCUAAAGAUGUUAGGGGACUCCUCGCAUCGUUGCGUCAUGAUUACUGGCGACAAUCCUUUGACUGCCGUUCAUGUCGCGCGCAGCGUCGAGAUCGUAGACCGCGAGACCCUAAUAUUGGACCUGAGAGAGAAUCCCGCGAAUGAUGCAGACUUGAUCUGGAGAAAUGUGACCGAGACGAAGAUCAUUCCGGUCAACCCAGAGGAGCCUUUCGACCCUGCACUGUUCGAGGAAUACGACAUCUGCGUCACCGGGCCUGCGCUCAAGCAAUACGAGAAUCGUCCAACCCUGAACGACCUCGUCCAUAAUACAUGGGUCUACGCGCGUGUGACGCCCGCACAAAAGGAGCUCAUCCUAACGAGGCUGAAGUUGCUCGGUUUCACCACCCUCAUGGCGGGCGACGGUACGAACGACGUGGGUGCCUUGAAGCAGGCGCACGUCGGCGUGGCGCUCCUGGAUGGAACGCCCGAGGACCUCAAGAAGAUUGCUGAGCACCAGCGCAAUGAACGGAUAAAAAAGGUGUACGAGAGUCAGCUAAAGAUCUCUGCGAGGUUCAAUCAGCCGCCGCCGCCGGUCCCUCCCGCUAUCGCGCACUUGUAUCCUGAUGUGGUGGAGGCACAGAAGAAGGCAGCUGCAGAUUUACAGAAUGCGAGGAAGAAGAAUCCUAUGGAGAAGUUUGACUUGGGUUCGAUCACGGACAAAUUGGCGGAUAUGGAAGGCGAGGAGGACGUGCCGAAGAUUAAGCUGGGUGACGCCUCCUGCGCUGCGCCGUUUACUUCCAAGUUGUCCAACGUGUCUGCUAUCACCCAUAUCAUCCGGCAGGGGCGUUGUACACUCGUUGCGACCAUCCAGAUGUACAAGAUCCUUGCGCUCAACUGUCUGAUUACUGCGUACAGUCUGAGUGUGCAGUACCUAGAUGGCAUUAAGUUUGGAGACUACCAAGUUACUAUCACUGGCAUGCUGAUGUCGGUGUGCUUCCUAUGCAUAUCCCGAGCCAAGCCCGUGGAGAAGCUCUCUAGACAAAGGCCUUUGGGCAAUAUCUUCAACUUUUAUGUUCUGUCGUCCGUCCUGUUGCAGUUCGCGCUCCACAUAGGGUCGAUGGUAUACAUUACGCAACUAUCGUACCAACACGAACCACGUGGAGAAAUUGAUCUGGACGCGAAAUUCGAGCCGAGUCUCUUGAACACCGCGAUCUACCUUCUUAGUCUUGCACAGCAAGUUUCUACCUUUGCCAUCAACUACCAGGGCCGACCGUUCCGCGAGGGUAUCACGGAGAAUCCUGCCCUGUACUGGGGUCUGAUGGGUGCUGGAGGAGUCGCUCUGUCCGGUGCAACAGACUUGGUGCCGGAACUCAACCGCUGGCUUCAGAUUGUCGAAAUGAAUGGACCUUUCAAAGUGCGCCUGACGGCUGCAAUCAUCAUUGACUUCAUUGGGUCGUGGUUACUGGAAGUUGUUUGCAGGUCUUUGUUCGCUGACCUUGAGCCCAAAAAGAUGAUCACUCGUGGUUGGGAACGGAGAGCCAAGAGACGCCAGGAGGAGGAGCUCCUCAAGCUCCAGACUGCUGCGAACGGCGAGGCUGAGAAGAAGUCUCAGUAAUUAUUCUAAUUGUCUUGUAUUUGUUGUUCUUCCAUAGAAUAAUGCAUAUUCUACCUGAACUCCCA